AUGGCGUCAGUCAUACCAGUGAAGGACAAGAAACUUCUGGAAGUCAAAUGGGUGGAGCUGCCAAGCUGGAUCUUGACGCGGGACUUCAGCCCUAGUGGCAUUUUUGGAGCGUUUCGAAGAAGUUACUACCGGUACUACAACAAGUACAUCAAUGUGAAGAAGCGGAGCAUCUCGGGGGUUACCAUGGUGCUGGCAUGCUACGUGCUCUUCAGCUACUGCCUUCCCUACAAGCAGCUCAAGCACGAGCGGCUCUGCAAAUACUACCUAAGAGGACACGCUCGGCGCCCCCCCACCCCACGACCUUCUUGGCCUGAGCCCCUCCGUGAGGAACACAAUCUCGAUCGUUGCUGAAUCUUUUCAUGUCCUAAUGGGAAUUAACCUCCAAAUAAAAGAUGACUGGUAAAAAAAUUAAAAAACAUAAAGUAAAAAUAAAU